CCCGGGACCCUCAAACUAAUUUCCGCCAUGCGCGCGGCACCACGUCUCUUUCCUUUUACCAUGUAAAAAAACAUUAAACAUUUCCCAGUGCUAGUGAAGUGUAGAUAGUGAAAAGGAACGGUGAACAACUGAAAUGUGAAGCGCAAGUCGCAUCCACAAACAGAAGGUGUCGCCUGUAUACACACACGAUGACGGUGGUGACUAAUCCUGCGCGCUCCAACUCGGAGGAUGAGAUCGAAUCCGGGCGCAACAGCGAGCUUGGUGGUGGCGCCGGCGGUGAAUACCACGGUCUAGAAAUCGACGAAAACGCCCGCUUGUAUGAUGAUGAGAAACAAAGCGACAUUGUAUUCGUCGCCGGUAUCAACGGCGACACCUGGCGCUACCCCGGCCACCGCCGUGUGCUCGCCGCCACCAGCCCAGUUUUUGCUGCGCUCCUAUCUGCCAAAACCGACGUAAUAGUUGUCGACUACGUGGAUCGCCGCGGCUUCGAACAGCUUCUCCGAUACCACUAUUGCGAGCCAACGCAGCUCAACUCCGUCGCCACGGCACGAUGUGCCCUAGAUGCUGCAUACAAGUUCCUGUGUGCGCCACUAGCGGAGCGAUGUGCUCGACGUCUCGACGAGAUGUUGGAUGCAGGCGUCGCCUUAGAAAUUCUGCGAGAUUUGCGUUUCUUAUGCGCGAGACUUCCCGGAGCUGCAUCCGCACCACCUCUGCCCGCUCUAUCUGACGAUGCAGCAGCACGGUCUCUGGCGCAAUGUUCACGAUGGUGUGACUCGUUGGCUCACAAUGCUUUACUCGUGUUAGACGAUAACGCUGAUGCUGCUCUUACCGAUGAACGACUUGAAGAACUCACUUAUGAGGAUCUUGCACUCAUAGUUAAACGUGACACUCUACGGGUAUCCAACGAACUCGUCUUAGCAGAAGCGUUAUCCAGAUGGGCAACGGCCGCCUGCAAACGUACCAAAAGGGAACUGACUUCUGCCAAUAAAAGGGCAGCUCUAGGAGAGCUCGCGUAUUGUCCAAGAUACUUGUUGCUCUCUGGGGAAGAGUUGGAUCGCGCUUUGGGCUUGGAGCUGCUGGAGCCUAUGGAGCGUGCUUUAGUUGUAGCGAGGGCGAGAAAAUUAUCAGCACCUGUGCCAGUGGGCGCUGAGCAAGAGGGAUUGUUGCGCCGCUGGGCACGUCCGCGACCGACUGAGCCAGCUGCACUACCUGUACACUUGAGCUCAAGAUCCGAACCAGCACCCGAGGACACUCAGCCGAGCAAACUAUGCGCGCGGCGCCCGAAAAGGCCCAAACAGCCUAGCUUUAAUCCUGACGACAAGAAUAACAAACAGGGUUGCUGCGCAUGCUUCUGGGACGGCCUACUGCGAGCGUUCAUCUGCCUAUUUGACUGAGAUAGGGCAUCCACGUCUUAUGUGUAAAAACACAUGAGAUGGUAAGAUUUUUCAAGCUGUUAUACACAUCACGCUGGGUUCACUACAGAAGUUACUAAAGAUAGUAAUAUCUGUAAUAUGAAUAAGAUUCUUAAAAUUUUAUGGUUACUUGAAGAAAAUGACCAGUGAAUGGUUGCUAUUAAAUUCCUUCUGUGUGUAAUCUUUCUAGUAGAAAAUCAUGUGUAAACCACCCAACAAACUGAAAAGUGUUUUUAUAAAACUAUACUUAUGAAAAAGAAGACGGAAGUAUACUUAUAAGUGAGAAAAUUUAGGGAAAUUGGAGCAAAUGAUGAAAAGUUAUAGGAAGAAUGCCUUCUUUUGUAUUUUUUACGAACUGAGA